GAAGGAGUAUUGGACCCAAGAUUGAGAGAGAGAGAGAGAGAGAGAGAGAUAAUAAUUAAUUUUUUUUCUUUUGAGGAAAAACCAUAUAAUUUCCUCGGAUGGAGUUUCUCAAACUCGGACAAAAGCCAUUAGUAUAUGUUAACAGUCCAUGUGUUGAAUGGUCGUGGAGGAAUCUUGAGUUCAUAUAGAUUACACAUAUAUAUGUGACUAUCAUCACCUCCCAAUAAUAUUAUCAUCAUCACGGUCGCCAUAUAUCGUCCCAAUGGAAGAAGAAGAAGAAGCAAAGCCCCUCAACAAGCUCCCUUCAUGCAACAGUGAUGGCAACAACGGUGCCAGCCUUGGCUCCGCCUUCUCCAGAGCUAAUUCCACAGCGGGUUCUCGGUCAUCAUCGGCCUCAACAAGGACUUGGGCUUCUGCUACGAUCUUCUUCUCUGUCGUUAUCAUCAUCGUCUGUGGAGUCUUCAUCUCUGGUUUUGAUGUUGUGGUGUUCACAUCGACGCUCUCAUCCUUCUUAUCAACCGUCACUGCCUCCGCCUCUUCAAGCUCAUCCCACCAGGUUGGCCGCGAGUACCCUCUAAACUGUACUCGCUCCACCAACGCGACCAACCUGCAGAAAUGCCCUGCAGGCUACUACCCGACCACAAUGAUCGAGCCCAACUCGGAGUACACCACUGCCUGCCCGGAGUACUUUCGGUGGAUUCACGAGGACCUCCGGCCAUGGAGGGACAUAGGGAUUAACCGGGAAGCGAUCGAGUCAAGGAGGUCGCUUGCCCACUUCAGGCUCAUCGUUUAUAAGGGGAAGGCAUACUUGGAGCAGUUCCACAGGGCGUGGCAGACACGGGACGUCUUCACCCUCUGGGGCAUCCUUCAACUCCUCAGGCUGUACCCCGGGAGGGUCCCCGACCUCGAGAUGAUGUUCUGCUGCGAGGACCUCCCGGCGCUCCCGAAGCGCGACAAUCGGGUAUCGAAUGGGACAGCACCGCCGGCAAUGUUCCACUACUGCGGCCAUGAGUCCGCCUUCGACAUCCCAUUCCCUGAUUGGUCAUUUUGGGGCUGGCCAGAGGUGAACAUAAAGCCGUGGACGAGCACACUCAAGGCCAUAAAGAAAGGAGCUGCGAAGAAAAGAUGGAAGGACAGGGAUCCCCACGCCUUCUGGAAGGGCAACCCAUGGGUGUCCCCGAAGCGGCGCGACCUAAUGGGCUGCAAGCAGAACAAGGACAUGGACUGGAAUGCCCGCCUCUCCGUCGUGAAUUGGGGCCGUGAAAGUUCGAGCGGGUUCAAGGGAUCAAGACUAGAAGACCAAUGCACUCACAGGUACAAGAUCUAUGUGGAGGGGCGGGCAUGGUCGGUGAGCGAGAAGUACAUUCUGGCAUGCGACGCCGCAACCUUACUGAUUAGGCCCGAGUAUUACGACUUCUUCGUCAGGGGGAUGAUCCCCAUGGAGCACUACUGGCCCAUUAGGCCCAAUAACAAGUGCCGGGACAUCAAGUUUGCUGUGGAUUGGGGCAACAAUCACCCUUCAGAGGCAGAGAAGAUCGGAGAGGAGGGUGCCCGAUUUGCGCGGGAGAGCCUGAGCAUACAGAGAGUGUAUGACUACAUGUUCCACCUGCUGAGCGAGUACGCAAAGCUCCAGAAGUUCGAGGUCACAGUGCCACCCGCAGCAGUCGAGCUCUGUUCUGAGACAAUGGCAUGCCCAGCUGAAGGCCAAGUGAAGGAGUACAUGAUGGAGACAUUGGUGAAGUCCCCAAGCACAGAGCUGCCUUGCUCAAUGCCACCUCCUUAUGAAGACCAUGAGCUUCGAGAGUUUAUGCAGAGGAAGGAGAACAUCACCAAGCAAGUGGAGAUGUGGGAGGCUGAGUAUUGGGACAAUCUCAACAAGUCAAUGAAACAUUGAAAAAAAAAGAGAGAGAAAAGAAAGAAACAAAUAGCAACCUAACUUCUUUGUUAACGUCUUCUUGAUGAUUUUAAGCAACUUCUUUGUUGAAAAAUAAUGUUGUCAUGUCGUAUUGGCCAAACCGAGGUUUGUGCGAUGGACCCGUAUAACCAAUUAAUGUUAUACUCGAAUUUGUGGUUCUUAUA